AUGUGUCAUUAUUGUUGCUAUUUAGCACAUGUUAAAUCAUCAUCAUUAUCAUCAAAAAUUCAUAAUAAUAAUCAAUCUUCAUUAUAUUAUCAAAAACGAUGUCGUGCACAAUCCUACAAUUUAACCAUUCCGUUAUAUCUUGUUAGUUUAACAUUAUUUUUUGUAAUGCUCAACAUUACUCUUGUUCUUUCACAAUCAUCACAAGUACAACAACAACGAGAUCAAUCAUCAAAUAAAAUUCUUCAAGAAAAUUCUCGAGAUACUUGGGGUGUUAAUUCUGUUAAUGAUGAAGAUCAACAACAAUCAAAAUAUCAGCCAUAUGUUUCAAUAACAACAACAACACUAUCACCAUCAUCAAACCUUACAAAUGGAACAAAAACAAAACGAUUAACAUAUGAAAAACGUCUUAUACGUGAUUUACUUGCGAAUUAUCCAACAAUCUAUGCACGUCCAAUACGGAAUGUAUCUGAAUCAUUAAUUGUUUCAUUUGGUUUAACACUGACACAAUUAUUUGAUCUUGGUUCAACUGGUCAAAAAAUGCAAACAAAUACAUGGAAAACAUUCGGUUGGCAAGAUAUGAAUUUAAUUUGGAAACCUGAAGAAUAUGGUGGAUUAAAAACUGUCUGUUUACCAGCAGAACAAAUUUGGACACCGGAUGUUGUCUUAGAUAACUACGCUGAUGAACGUUUAAAAGAUUGGCGUGAAAUUUCUGCUGUUAUACAACAUACAGGUGAUAUCUUAUAUGUACCAGCAACAAUGCAAUUUAGUGUUUGUUUUCUUGAUAUAACUAAUUUCCCUUAUGAUAUGCAUGAAUGUCCAUUAACAUAUCGUUCAUGGACAUAUGAUCUAUCAAAAUUAGAACUUGUAUUUAAAGAUAAUCUUGAAGGUAUAGAUAUGACAGCAUAUGUUAAUUCAAAUGAAUGGCGAGUAAUGCCACUUGAUGCAAAAAAAUCGGUUAAUAAUGAUACAUUUUCAUUAUUAACAUUUACAAUGAUUAUUCAACGAAAAGGUGGUCUUUAUGGUUAUAUUUUGAUAUUACCUUGUUUACUUUUAUCUGCAGCUACGAUGGUCGUUUUUUGGAUUCCACCGGAAUCACCAGCAAAAAUGAUAUUAACGAUAUCAAUUUUUUCCGGUCUUUUUCUCUUAUUGCUCCUGCUGGCUGAAUCUAUACCAGGUGGUGGUGGUACUCCUCAAAUUGGUUAUUAUUAUUGUAUGAAUAUGGUUGUUGUUUCUGUCACCGCUGUUCUUGCUACUAUAGUCAUACAUAUAUACAUUCGAGGUGAUCGACGUCAAGGUGUUCCUCCAUACAUACGUCGUCUUUUUCUUCAAACACUUGCUCGAAUUUAUUGUAUGGCUCCUAAGAAACCACCUAAUCCACCUGGUACUAUUUCAUCUCGGUAUGGUCCACCAUCACCUGGUGCUCUUCUAUUACCAGAGCAAAUAUUUUUAACACCACAUUAUCAUGAAGAAGAAUUUUCGAAAAAAUUAAAAUUACUUAAACAACGUUUUCAAGAAUUUCAUCGACAACAACAGCAACAACAACAGAAACAUAAUUCGCCUGGUAGUAGUGGUAUGACAAAUGAAACUAUCGCAGCAUUAAGUGUUAAUUUACGUUCAAUUGAAAAUGAUUUAAAAGAAAUUCGAGAUUAUUUAAGACAUAUGACAAAAAAAGUCGAAGAUAAUGCUCGAUCAAGUAAAACAGCUGAUGAAUGGAAACAAGUUGCACUUGUACUUGAUCGAACAUUUUUUCUGGCUUAUUGUUUUUGGCUUGUUCUUUCUCUUGUUAUUAUGUUUCCAAAGACACCCGGUCUACCAAAACUUUGGGUUGCACCAACUAUAUCACCAUUUACUAAUACUACUAUCGAUAUAACUAAUAUAACAUUAAUUUAA